ACAUAUUCAUACAAUGCAGCAUGAGGAUUUUAGCUGAACAUGAACACGGUGUGCACUGGAAAUGAUAGCCACCAAGAUAGCGGUAUGAGAUGGAGACAAAGAAGGCAAGUCAGCGGAAUUAUUUAACAUGACAAGAUGUAUCAUUAUAAACUAGCUCCAACUGUUAGAGAUUUCAAGCAGCUUGGCAGCAGGUCCUCCAGCUACUGAUAGAUAUACUCAACACAGUCUGGACUGUCACACAGAUCAGAUGAGUUUCUACUUUGUCUGUAGGUCUGUGCUCCUGCAAAGUGUAAUUACAAAUAUAUAGUCUGAUUCCACUGGGUUUGUGCAGAAUCAGAUAGCAGCAACAUGCCCCUGUCAGACUUUCUGGAUGGCCUGAAGGACAACCCAUACUUUGGGGCUGGGUUUGGACUGGUUGGGGUUGGGACAGCGUUGGCGGUGGCCAGGAAAGGUGCCCAGGUGGGAAUGGUCUUCUUCCGCAGGCACUACAUGAUCACUCUAGAGGUCCCCAGCAGGGAUAAGAGCUACCACUGGCUGCUGAGCUGGAUUACCAAGCAUGCCAGGCACACUCAGCACCUGAGCGUGGAGACCUCCUACCUUGCACAUGAGAGUGGGCGGGUUCACACGCAGUUUGACUUCCACCCAAGUCCCGGGAACCACAUCAUCUGGUAUGGGAGAAAGUGGAUCAGGGUGGAGAGGACCAGAGAGAAGCAGAUGGUGGAUCUGCACACUGGAACCCCCUGGGAGUCUGUUACCUUCACUGCUUUAGGCAGAGACAGACAAAUUUUCUUUAAUAUCUUACAAGAAGCAAGAGAACUGGCCCUGAAGCAGGAAGAGGGACGAACAGUAAUGUACACAGCCAUGGGUGCUGAGUGGAGGCCCUUUGGAUUUCCCAGGCGACGCAGACCCCUCAGCUCGGUGGUCCUGGAUGCGGGUGUGACUGAAAGGAUCGUCGAUGAUGUGAAGGAGUUCAUCGGAAAUCCCAAGUGGUACACAGACAGAGGCAUCCCCUACAGACGAGGAUAUCUGCUGUAUGGCCCCCCGGGGUGUGGGAAAAGCAGCUUUAUCACGGCACUGGCAGGCGAGCUGGGCUACAGCAUCUGUCUGAUGAGUCUGAGUGACAGAAGUCUUUCAGAUGACCGUCUGAACCACCUCCUGAGUGUAGCACCACAGCAAAGCAUCAUACUGCUGGAAGAUGUAGAUGCAGCCUUUGUCAGCCGCGAGCUGCUCCCCACAGAGAACCCUCUGGCCUACCAGGGAAUGGGAAGACUGACCUUUAGUGGCCUGCUUAAUUCUCUGGAUGGAGUGGCUUCAUCUGAGGCCAGAAUAGUUUUCAUGACCACCAACUUCAUUGACAGGUUAGAUGCAGCACUGAUCCGACCUGGCCGUGUUGAUCUGAAGCAGUACAUUGGGCAUUGCACACACCAACAGCUUACGCAGAUGUUCCGGCGGUUCUACCCAGAUGAGCCUCCCCCUGAAGGAGAGCGGUUUGCAGAGCAAGCGUUGGCCGUCCACUCUGAGAUCAGUGCUGCCCAGGUGCAAGGACACUUCCUGCUGCACAAAAACGACCCUGCUGGAUCUAUAGACAAUGUUGCUGAAAUGAAAUAAUGCCAGGACUGCAGGGUUACUAGAGACUGAUUACUGAAUAAAGAGAAACAUGAGAAACAUUGUUUUUACAUUUCCAGUUGAAGUUAUGGUAUUAAUAAGACAGAUGUGCAUUGAUGUCAUAGACUGUAUGUGCAGUAUAUGAUUGAUACCAAAUAAAUACAUUUCUGUUAAU